CUCCUGUCUGCUCUGCACAGCAGAAGCCAAGCAGGGUAAAGAGUCCCAGCCACAGCGAGGAGGAGCUGCCCCUGUUGCAAGGAUCUGCUGAAGCCAUCCACACCCACGUCUAGUGAGGAGGCCUUUGGUGAGACUCAGCGAUGUGGUUCUAUGUGCUGCUCAUCAGUUUCCUCUGGGCUGUAAUUUGGCUUUUCCGCGACCGCCAAACCUUGAGCUCCUUCAAAGAUAAGUAUGUCUUCAUCACCGGCUGUGAUACGGGCUUUGGGAACAUGCUGGCCAAGCGGCUUGACAAGAAGGGCUUCCAGGUGCUGGCAGGUUGCCUGACCCAGAAAGGGGCUGAUAAUCUGCAGCGUGCCAGUUCGUCAAACCUGCGCACCACUCUGCUUGACGUCACCAACUCCGAGAGCAUCGGCAAAGCAGUAGAGUGGGUGAGGGCUGAAGUGGGCGAAAAAGGGCUGUUUGGGCUGGUGAACAAUGCAGGAGUGGCCAACCCCAUUGGCCCCACCGAGUGGAUGAAUGUGGAGGAUUACCGCAAGGUAAUGGCUGUCAACACCUUUGGGGUAAUCGAGGUAUCUUUGGCCUUCCUACCCCUGCUCAAGAAGGCGCGGGGCCGUGUGGUCAACACCUCCAGUGUCCUGGGCCGCCUCUCAGCCAACGGUGGUGGUUACUGUGUUUCCAAAUACACAGUUGAGGCCUUCUCUGACAGCCUCAGGAGAGACAUGUACCAUUUUGGGGUCAAGGUAUGCAUUGUAGAGCCAGGCUUCUUCAAGACUGCAGUGACCAAUCUUGACUCCAUAGAGGCCUCCUUGAAGCAACUUUGGGACCGAAUGAGCCCUGAAGCCAAGCAGAGCUAUGGUGAAGACUUCUUUCCAAACUACCUGAAGGUUCAGAAGUUCAUCAUGAACAUCAUCUGUGAUGGAGACCUCAGCAAAGUGACCAGCUGCAUGGAGCACGCCCUGCAGGCCAAAUAUCCUCGCUCCCGUUAUAGUGCAGGUUGGGAUGCCAAGCUCGUAUGGCUGCCAGCUUCAUACCUACCUGCCUUCAUGGUAGACAUUGUUCUGGCUAUUAUCCUACCAAAGCCAGCCCAUCGGGUCCGCUAGCUUCCACAGUCUCUUUCUUUACCUGGGACCAAGCCUUUGGUCCAGCCAUCAAGCAAAAUAAACAAACAAACAAAAAAACCAGACCCCAUUGUCCAAGCAUUGUGUGGAAAUAAAGAUAAUUGUUAAAAAGAA